UUACGCUCUUAGUCUAAAUUCUACGCAACUGAGCAGCAACUGAGCACAAUGUCUUGCGCAACUGUGGUUGUGAAUUCGUCGCAACGCAGCUGUCACGGCGGAGAGAGGACGCCUUCCUUCGGCCUUUCUGUGUUUUCAGUCCUUUUAAAUUAAUGCUGGAAGCCCAAAAUGGAUUUUGGUGAUUUAUUUGACGAGCGGACGUUCACCUUUUCUGACUUUCAGGAGUUUACGUUUCUGCCUGGACAUGAGCAGUGGUCAGAGAGAGUGAGGAAACGACUGUAUUAUGGUCUUGAUUCUGACAGCCCGUUGGAUGCUCUAUCAUGUCCCAUGACAGAUAUUGCUGUGGAACUGCUCCAGAAAUCUGCCCCAAGUCCCAUAAGGAAACUCCACAAGAAGUACGCUGCACACAUGGCCAGGGAAGCAUGUAUAUCUCCCUGCGCUAUGAUGCUGGCCUUGAUAUACAUUGAAAGACUGCGACACAGAAACCCUGAAUACCUGCAACAGAUCUCAUCCUCAGACCUCUUUUUGAUAUCCAUGAUGGUUGCCAGUAAAUAUUUGUAUGAUGAAGGAGAAGAGGAGGAGGUUUUCAACGAUGAGUGGGGCACUGCGGCCAAGCUGGAUGUUCAGACUGUCAACACUUUGGAGAUUAACUUCCUCAACGCGAUUGACUGGAACCUCUUCACCGAGCCCAGUGACUUCUUUAAAGUCCUCAGUCAGGUGGAAAGCAGCAUUGCGGAGCGACAAGGUAUAAAGCGAGGGUGGUUCACCUACACGGAUCUCUGUGUCCUGUUGGAGCAAACCAAUUGGAGGGAAGCACUAUCAGCUAUCUACCAGCACUUUACCAAGAUUACCUGUAUGUUGGGUCUCCUGUACUUGACUAGCGUAGCCGGUCUCAUCGCUUCUUCUGCCGUCAUCCACCAGCUCGGCUGUCUUCCCAAUACCAGCCACACUUACCUGGACCCGAUGAAGCACACAUCCAUUCAUACACCAGCACUUCUCCCUGAGUUCUUGCCGGACACACAGCAGCCAACCUCAAACCUCCAUUGCUGCAGCCUGACCAACGUUAGCUUGAAGCUGUGGCCCAGUGUUGUUGUGCCAGAUCAGCAGGGUUCUACCUCUUUGUCGUAUCAGAACAUGGUGCUUUGUCUCUGGGGCUCCAUCGUCUCCGCUCUUUCCAACUCAAACCCCUCGUUGGAUAUUCAGCCACAAGACUGUUUGGUAUCAGAAGUGAUCUGUCACUGUCACACGGGUGGUUUCCCCCGAUGCGCAAUAGCACGCAAUGGCUCGGCGCUUCUUUCCUCUCCAUGGUAUGCUCGUCUCACAGCACUUUGGCUUGGGUUAGCUCCGUUUAGCGAAGACCUGAUAUUUUCGGACCCCCAUCUUAACUCCAUGCCACCAUUUCAAAGACACCCAUGUUGCCAAGAGACGACUUUGCCAUUUGGGAAAUCACCAUCUCUUCUGAUGCCUGGCUAGAUGAGUAAAAUAAAACCAGCAGAGUUUACAUUACAUACACAGUCAACUCCCUUGGUUUUCCUUAAUGUUGUAUACGAACCAGCCAUAUGGAUUGGUUAUAACUGGGUUGUGGUGAGAUAUCAGUAUGUCGGGGAGAAGGUUGUAAGGACGUUUAUUACAAAAGUGGCAUAUGCUGAUUGACAGUUUGAGUUUUGAUGUGCGUGCUAAUGCAGUAUGAAUGAACAGGCUUUCUUUUCUUUCUCUUUCCGGAUGGGUUAGUUUGAUUGGUUUUAGCUGUUACGUGAAACCUCCAAGGCAUCCAAGCAAAAAUAAUGGUAAGUAGUUACAUAAGUUAACAAAAGGGUCUGCUGUUAUACGCAGAAGUGUGUGUUCUUGUUUUGAAUAGUUUGCCUGGCUUUGCGCUACAUGGUGUUGUCCUGAGGAGAACUGUAUUGUUUUAAAGUUCCUUCCUGCGAAAGCCUUUAUUUUCAAGUUGGGAAAUAAUUUGAAUUUAAGCCUGGUUUUGUUCACUUGGGUUCAAAGAGGAAGGGUGGAAGGAAAGCAAAAAGGGAUGUCAGUUAUGCAAAUUAGUUAGAUAUUCUUAAGAUUUGUAAUGGUCAGCUGGUUGAUGCCAUACCUCAUCCACAAAGCAUUCAUCAUAGAUUGCUUUAGUUAACCGUUCGAAGUAACAGUCCUCAAUAUUUUGAUAUCCUAAAGUACUGGAAUUGCAGAACGGACUAAUUUAAUAGAUUUGGGUUCAUUGCUUGACUUUGUUAAUGAGUUUAAUUUUGGAUUUAUGUUCUUUAAACGUAAUGUAAUUGAAUAAAUGGUAUAUUAUUAAGACUUGGACAUAAAAGCACCCUUUAAUACCUGAUUUAGUGAUUUCUUACAUAUCCACCAUUAUAUGUUAAUAACUUCUAAAGUCUGUUAACUAUUUCCUGUCCCAAUUUUGUACAUUUUGUAUAGAAAUGAUGAAAGAACAUAACAGCU